AGACUUCAACAUCUCAUCCUCCAUACCUGUAACCAAUCAAGGACCUUUAUACAACAUUUUUUCAUUCUGAUCUUUAUUUCUAUAUCUAUCUGAAUACCAUUUUAAUGGCAGGCUACAGCACACAUUAUUUGGCAUUUCCAAGAGCUUCCACAAUAACAUGGAGUGAUGACACUCGAUAUUGGAGUUGGGCCACCGUAGAUUUUUGCAGCUACGCAAUUGAAGAAGCCCGACUUUUACAAGUAUCUUGGUUCGAUUGUCGUUGGAGCAUGGAUGCAUCUGAUUUCAAACAAGAUAUUUGGUACAAUGCAAGCGUUGAAGUAAUGUUGACAAGCAACGCCUCUGGAUGGAAUGUUCCACUACACCUUGAAAUCGAGUUGCCAGAUGGGAGUAAGCAAGAGUCUCAAAUAGUAUUGGCAGGUAGACAACCAAAUGUGUGGUUAAAGAUUCCAAUAGGUAAAUUCAUACUAAGGGGUUCUCUGACUAGCGGAACAAUCCGAUUCGGCUUGUACAACCAUGAAGGGAAUUGGAAAAGAGGCUUGAACAUAAGAGCCCUUGCCAUUCAAGCAUAAAAAUGAGUUUGAAAUGGUAUGUUCAAUAAUGAAUAUAAAGUAAUAGAAUAAAACCCUAAAUAAUAAGAUCUUUUGCUCUGUGACAAAAACUUUUAAGUUUAAAUGUGUUAUAUUUCAGUUAUGCAAGUAACUGUUGAAUAUAAUGUAACACAACAUAAAUAAAUAAAUAAUAUGACAUGUUGCAUAGUAGUAAUAAGGCCAGUUUAAACACUUUAGUAAGUUUUUCAAUAAAAGUAUGUACUGUGAGUUUGUUCAAAUUAAAUCUAAGCACUCAUUUUGUGAUUGCU